AGAGUUUUUUGACGGUCGUCGAUGGUCGACGGCGCACGAUGUUUGAUAUUCGAGAAACAAAGCGCGAAUUAAAAGUGUCCCACGAUGUUUCAGAAUGUUAUUGAUGCGACGUUGGUGGUGUUGUUAAUUUUGCCGUUGCCGGUGGGUUUGCACCGAUUUGUACUAAGUUCUGAAUUGGUGUGAAAAAUUGUCUAUUUUUACCGAACCCUGUUGAGUAGCACGAAGGGGGAAGAAAUGUGAAUUUGAUGUGAUGUGAAGCAGUAUAAAGAAGAGCACCAAAAUAAUUCAAUAAUAUCGCACCAGCAGCAGCAGCAGCAGCCAUCGGACCGUGGAAGGCGAGGCAAGCCAGGAAGCAUCCGUUAGUUGUCUAGGAAAAUCACUGUGAAAAUGUAUUUAUGUAAAUGUAUUUAGACGACGACGCUGUGAUGUGAUGUAUUUUAAAAUAAGUUGCUUGUUGGUGGAUGAAAACGUGGAGUGUCCGGCGGCAGCGACAGUGAACGGCACGAUGUCAUAAUCUGCAGCAUGUUGUCAGCAUCCACAUCAUCAUCAUCAGCUAUCUUUGCAUGAAAAAGGUAGCACUUGGUGUCCUUGUGAGCCAUCUUCUCGAAACUACCGUCGCAUACUAAUUGAGUGCAUUUUCCAACAAAGCGUUGUGUGAUGUCCAGCUGAAACUUAGAUUAUUGAGAUAACAAGUAGCGAAAAAAAAAGUUUACUCGAGUUGUUAAAACUCCAUCACCAUCAGCCAGUAGAGAGUUUUUGGCGUUAAGGUGAGUGAUGCAGAAGGUGUUCCUUCUAGCUGGAAAAGUGUCGAUCGUCAAAUUUCCAUCAGCUUAAGUGAGAGUGGCGUGCAUUGGCGUGUGCUGAAUUUCCCAGAAAAAGACGAAAAAGAAUUCGUAAAAGUUUUUCUCUGUCAGUCGAAAACAAAAAAAAAAUCCAUGUGAAUUGCUGAUUGUAUAAAGUGAGAAUACCUAACAUCAGUUAAGCGUGCAGCGACGGGAGUUUUAUGCAAAUGAAGCAAUCCAGACCAAGCAAGUGCGCACCAAAGGAAACUGUCAAAGAGUAUCUUGGAGUGGCAAUCGAGCGGCAAGUUGGAAAAAGUUGUAACAUUAAAUUAAUUAAAGGAAAUGCGAGUGCUGCGGCACGAAAAAAUUGUAGCAUUUUCCACUAGAGGACAGCCCGAGUGAAUCGAAAGUGGCCUCGUCCUAGUUGAAAAAAGUAGUUUGAACCAGCUCACGUGUAGUGCGAGUUAAUUACAUUUCCGAAGAACCACCGACCCAACCAUCGUGAUAGAGUGGUGGGGGAAGUCAGAGAUCGAGGCCGGUUUGUGUAUACGUGAUCCGAGUGUCGUCAGCAGAAGCAGAUUAAUUUUAGGAGCAGGCUCGGGGAGCUUCCCUGGCGUUGAACGAUGGAGGACGAAAAAGGCAUCAGCGCGCCGUGAUAAAGCAACUCGAAUUUCCCUCGAAACGGCAGCGAAUGGAAUGUUCUCGCGGUGACUGACAGUGAAUGCAACGCAAAUGGAUACCAUCUGCAGCCAUAAUCUGCUCCAGGAUGCCAAUCGGGUGUGUCAAUUAUCGUCCCCGCAAACAAUGAAAACCACCAUCGCAACUAUCGAGCUCCAUGUCAUCGCGCGGCGAAUGGCUUGACGGGUGAGGAGGCCCUCCGCUGUUGCCGCCAAGGCCACGUGCCACUGCUUUUUCUGGCACCAGAACCAGAGCAGGCAACAAAGACACCCGGGUACCGUCACGAUAGAUCGUAUAACGAACUGCGGAAUUCCAGGGCGUAUUUUAUUGCGAGAUUCAGUCUUAUAGAUUAUGAGGAAGUAAAAAGUGGGACAUUUUUAUUUGCUUUGGACCGGAGAUUGCUUUCCGUGGGAGGAAAAGACGUUAAUGGUUUAAAAAUCAAUUCAAUAGGAGCUUUAACAGAACGAUAGAUGCUUGAGGCUAGGGAAUACAUUAGACAAGACUAAUUUAAGGUAUUAAGGUUAUGUUAGGCUUCUGAACUAGGUUAGGUAGGCAUGAAAAUGAACACAACAAACGUCAACUAUGACUACAGUAUAGUUAUUGAGGACAACCACUACAUUCUGCAUGGAUCGGCGGCAAACUACUCGCACGAACUCCACAAUGAUUCAUUUCCGGAUAAUUUCUCAAUGUGCUACUAUGCACUGGAAAUCGAAGAGGAGCUGACGGUCUUUGAGUUCUGGAUCAGUGGGGUCCUAAUGAACAUAAUCUCUCUAUUAGGCAUCCUCGGCAACAUUCUGUCGAUGGUGAUUCUCUCCAGGCCUCAGAUGCGUUCCAGCAUCAACUAUCUACUGAUAGGCCUAGCCCGCUGUGAUACAAUAGUGAUCCUAACGUCGAUGUUGUUAUUCGGCAUCCCGGCCAUCUAUCCAUACACGGGCUAUCUCUUCUACUACUAUUAUGUGAUACAUCCGGUGAUAUCUCCGGUCGUAUAUCCGCUCGCAAUGACAGCUCAGACCGCGAGCGUCUAUCUAACGCUGACUGUGACGUUGGAACGAUACGUCGCUGUUUGUCAUCCCCUGCGGGCACGAGCACUCUGUACGUACGGACGGGCCCGUCUCUACGUGAUAGGGAUUCUCAUUUUCUCGCUUCUCUAUAAUCUGCCUCGGUUCUGGGAGGUGUCGGUGUCCGCGUUCGACCAUCCUGGCUACGAAGGAGCGUACUGCGUGAGCGCAUCCAGUCUACGCACGCAAGACAUCUACAUCCGAGUAUACGUACACUGGAUGUACACAGUCUUCAUCUAUUUGAUUCCCUUCUCCUCCAUCUCGUUUUUCAACACCAUGAUCUAUCAACAGGUCCGCAAGGCUAACCGAGAACGCCAGCGGCUAUCCCGGUCCGAAAAGCGAGAAAUUGGCCUAGCCACCAUGCUCAUCUGUGUAGUGGUCGUGUUUCUGCUUUGCAACUUGCUAGCCAUGGUCAACAACAUCAUGGAAGCUGCUUACUCGAAAAUCAACGAUUAUCUAGUCAAAACAUCAAACCUGCUAGUCACCAUCAAUUCGUCCGUCAACUUCAUUAUCUACGUCAUCUUCGGCGAGAAGUUCAAGCGGAUAUUUCUUUUGUUAUUUUGCAAGUCACGCCUCGGCCGGGAAUCGCCGGAUGGAUUUCUCCAUGAGGAUAGUUCAUUCUCGAAUGGCGAAGGAAGCAAUAGAAACAGCGGUCGCUUCCAGCGAGUGGGUACAACCCGAAGCAGUACGACCAAGAUCACCAACAGUACGCUCGGAAGCAUACGCACGACGCGAACCACGGUCCGAAGUACACGAGCGCCGUCGCCCGGCCCGAUAGUGUACUACCCGGCACGAGAAUCGAUGCCCCGGCUGCAGCCACACCAGCCAAUAAGCCGGAGUACGUCGAUGUUCCAUCCGUGCUGGGAACGGGGCGAAAAUGGAACCAAUGGCAUCAUGAUGGCCACUUCCGGGUUCUAGCCCAUGCUCAAGAUUUCCUGCUCGGACGAAGGCCUUGAAAGGGAUCACACAUUUUGAGGGCGAGGAAACUCAACGCCCGGUCCAGUAGGUUAGUGACUGUUGAUGUAGUUGUUAAAAGAGAUUAUGACACUUUUAUAGCUUUAAUCAGCGCGAUACCUGAAGGUAGAUGGUAGGAGGGAAGACACAAAGUAGAAUCCAAUUUGUUACGGAAAGACCAAUCGCUACGGCUGACAAAAGAGAUAUGAUAAGGAUUAGAUCAUUAAAAAUCAUUAUUUUUCAUAGCAGAAUGCACUAGUAAUUCGAUUUCAUGUUGAAUCAAAUUAGAUGUGACGCAAAAAUAAAAAAAAAAAUGGCGAUAAUGUUUUAAGUAAAUAAAACGAUUUCAUAAAGUUGCAA